AAACACAACACCAUAACUUCCUACUACGGAAUCAAUUUCACUUUCAUGAAUUGUUACAGAUUGUUACACUUGUGUCUUUCAACUCUGCUCCUCGUCGAUUGAAGUUAUCUUAGGCCGUGAACUUGACCAUAAUCUUCAUAAGAUAAACCUCUGUUACUUCUAGCGUUCGCAAGCCUGUCGACGUAUGUUCUCGAUAAUAUCAAGAUUCUUGCAGCUCGGCUUCUUAGUCUAUGUUGCCGUCGCUGUUCUAUAUACCACACGCCUAUUCCUUUCAAUCGCUACCCCUGGAAUACUGCACUCUGUGAAGCUGUUCUCCGAUUCCUCGCAGGGCAAGAAUACUGGCAGCGAAAUCUCUCGUAAAUUUGAAAUCGACUCUCGUCUCCUUCAGGUGUUCUCUGGAUCUGCUCAAACUCCUCUGAUAUGGCCGACCGACAAUCCCUAUCUUGAUGGUCGUACACAAUUUCCUGCUGUACACGAAGAAACCCUUCUCUCAAAGGCAUUCACGCAGUCUCUGCAUCCUACGAAGAUCGUACCGUACUACUUCCGCGCUUCCUCCAAAAUACAAUCGGACGAUGUGACAAUUGCCACGCUGGUGACAAGCAAUCGAUUCAAGGUGCUGAGACAGUUGGUCGAAAGAUAUCAAGGCCCCAUCUCUGUCGCGAUACACGUGCCUCUACCUGUCGAAGGCAUUUCUGCGAUGUCCGAUGAUCAUCCGUCUAUAAGGGCGCUGAAGGAACUGCACGAGCUGUAUUACUCUUCUCCUCAUUUCUCGGACUAUGUCGACGUGCAUCUUGCGGUUUCUCCCUUCUCGCGAUCUGUCCGAGGAUCUAAAGUCGAAUCUGGCACCGGUAACGAUGGACAAGGUGAAGGCGGUCGACAAUUCAACCUAUGGAGGAAUGUCGCUCGACUGUUUGCUAGGACUGAGUUCGUGAUGAUGUUAGACGUGGACUUUGCUGUUUGCACCGACUGGAGGAGCGCGGUCCGGAAGUCGAUGCACAAGCUAGAGCUGAACGACCGAGAAUGGAAUCCGAACGCACCCUUGAAUGUUGGACCCGCCUGGCGCAACUCAAUGAAUGAGACGGCAAGGCUGAAUGUCUUCAAGAGACUUCGUGCAGGUACGGCCGCUCUGGUGGUUCCAGUGUUUGAGUACCUCGAUCAGGAAGACGGGUCGGAUCAGCGCAUUUUCCCUCGAGAUAAAGAGACAUUACUUCGGCUCGUCCUGGGCUCGGCUCCUAAGAUUGCGUCGUUCCAUGCAUCCUGGGCUGUUGGACAUAACAGUACGAAUUAUGCACAGUAUUACUCUAUUCCCCCAGGUCAGGAUGAUAUCUAUCCCGUCGGUCAAUACCAAAGUGCGUAUGAGCCGUAUGUGAUUAUGAGCAAGAACGUUCCUUGGUGCGACGAACGAUUCACUGGCUAUGGUGCCAACAAGGCUGCAUGUCUAUUCGAGAUGUAUCUGAGUGGGGUCUCGUUCUUCGUCAUGUCUGACCAUUUCCUGAUCCACCAGAGUCACAAAUAUGAGGAACAGGCUCGCCGGGAAGAGAGGAAGUACAACCGGAAGCUCUAUACGGAUUUCAAGGAAGAAGCAUGUCUGCGGUAUCUUCACCGCUUCCACGUUGAGGGCAUGUUGAAUUCGUCGAAAGCGACGAACGUCAAAGAGGAAUGUAAGAAGGUUAAGACGGUGCAGAAGAUUGCAUCCGAGUUGUUCAGCAUUGAAUUAUAGAAGGUCCUAAUCUCCCAGAUCGCUUUCUGUGACAGUCGCAUUGUGCAAGGGUUUUCAGUUUACGAGAUUCCAGUGUAUAGAAUAUUACCAUAUUGCAAGGCAAAUUUGGGUGACGUUAUCACCGAUCAAUCGAUAUUCACCCGUAAGCCGUACAUGCCAUAAUCUGCCUUGGACUUGUGUGUAUCCGUGAUCACUGCUCUCAAGGACAUUCGGGUCCGUUUAGAUUGAGCAUGUAUGCUUCCACUAAUGGCGAUUAGCUUUGUUUCUUGAAAUG